CACGCAGUGAACCUGAGGGGAACACUUCUGCCUAAUCCCGCACCAGAUUUAGCCUCCACAAUCAACCGAAGAACCGGUGAGGACGCGGUAAGAACCGGACAGUUAGGGGAAAGGGGGGCACUGAGGAGGCGUGCGGGGGUCCGCCUCUCUACGGGACGUCCCGACUCCACGGAGCGCGUCGGGUUUUUUGUUUUUGAAACCUUUAAUCGUCUGCGUGUGUCUCAAGUGGGACUCUAUGAUUUUGAGGACUUGUCGCAUUAAUGGACUCCUAACCCGAUGAUGACGAUGAGUUCCAUGUCGGACAGCCUGGCCGGCGGAGACCCGUCCAAGUCGGCCUUCCUGGAGUUCGGCGGACACGGGUACCCGGGACACCCGGGACAUCAGCAGCCGUCGCCCGGGUUGUCCCACAACCACUACCCGGUGCACAGUCUGCACGGGGUGGGGCCCGCGCAAUCCCACGAGAGUCCGUUCCCCACCGGGACCUCGUCCUACGGACGCCCGCUGGGAUACCCAUACCACGGCGGCGUGAGCGCGCACCACCCCGGCGCAUACCUGCCCUAUCAGCAGGGCGGCCACGGGGGCGCGCUGGGCCACUCCAGGCUCGACAGUCAUGAGCACGAGAAGCCGACCGCGGUGAUCGAGAACGGGGAGGUCCGGCUAAACGGGAAGGGCAAGAAGAUCCGCAAGCCUCGGACCAUCUACUCGAGCCUGCAGCUUCAGGCGUUGAACCAGCGCUUCCAGCAGACCCAGUACCUCGCCCUGCCCGAGAGGGCCGACCUGGCGGCCAAGCUUGGCCUCACCCAGACGCAGGUUAAAAUAUGGUUCCAGAACAAGCGGUCUAAAUACAAGAAGAUCAUGAAGAACGGGCCGUGCGGACCGGAGGGAGACCACCUGCACCCCCCUCCGUCCGCGUCGCCUUGUUCCCCGGGGAUGGGUCCGCCGCUGUGGGAGCAGCCCAUGGCGAGCAAGGGGGGCGCGCCGUCGGGUCACCCCGGGGCAGGAUACAUGAACACUUUCGGACACUGGUACCCCGGGCACCAUCAGGACUCGAUGCCGAGGACUCAGAUGAUGUGACGCGCAUUGUGGACCUAUGGAUUUGGAGUCCCGUUUCUAAACCUCAGACUUUGAAUAUUUUCAUUUCCUUUUUUAUGCAGUUUUCUAUUGAUGUAUUUUGGGGCCCAAUGAGUUAUAUGCAGGCCGAUAUGUCGAUAUUUGUUGGUCCACUUUAUUUUAUUUGUCGAAGCACGUCGUUUUUCAGCCUUCUCUGUUUACUGCAAUGAAUUCAACCGCCUUCGCAAUAUCGAAGGAUCAAUUUGCCAAAAUGAAAUGGGCUUUGGGUCAAAUAUUUUUUUUAAAUAAACGCCAAUCAUAUAUAGGUA